UAGCGGCGGGACCGGCGGCGGGGCCGGACCGGGUCGGGCGGGAUGCGGCGGUGGGCGCCGGGGUGGUCGGAGGCCUUGAAGGCCCGGGCAGCCCGUUACGCGUUGGAACGAUCGCUUGGGCCUUUCCUGGAAGAACGGCUGCGGUUGGAGCAACUCAGCCUCGAUUUACGCGGCGGUACCGGCACCCUGCGCGAUCUCCGGUUGUGCGCCGCGGCGGUGGAUGAGGUGCUGGCCGGGGCGGGGGCGCCGCUGGAGCUGCGGGAGGGCUGUCUGGGCGCCGUCACGGUCACCGUGCCCUGGGCCGCGCUGGGCAGCCGGGCCUGCUGCCUGCACGUCACCGGGCUGCGGCUGGCCCUGGGCCCCCGGCAGUGGGGGGGGCCGGGGACAGGUCCCCCCCCCACAGGGCGACACGAACCGGGCCGGGACCCCCCCGUGGAGCCGCCCCCCCUGGAGGGGCUGGAGGCGCUGGCCCUCACCAUCGACGCAGUGCUGCGGCGGCUGCGGGUGGUGCUGGAGGACACGGUGCUGCGGGUGGAGCUGCCCCCGGGGGGGGCCCAGCCCGGAGCCGCCCUCGAGCUGCGUCUGCCCAGGGUGGAGUACCAGGACGAGGGGGGGCUGGGGGCUGCCCCCCCCGCCGUGCUGCACAAGGGGCUGCGGCUCUGCGACCUGCGGGUCUUCUGCCAGGAGCUGCCACCGCGCUGGCCCCUGGAGGACGCGCCCCCCCCCGUGCAGGUGGGGUUCAGCCCCGGCCCCUCCGAGCUCUCCCUCAGGCUGAAGCAGAACGAGGCGCUGCCGGGACCCACGGUGGACGUGGAGGGGAAGGUGGGGGCCCUGCACCUACUGCUGCCCCCCCCCGUGCUGGGGGCCCUGCGGGGGCUGCUGGGGGCCCUGAGCCCCCCCGAGCCGGGUGCCCCCCCCGCGGGGUGCAGCCGCCCCCUGGGCCCCCAGGACCUGCAGGUGAUCGAGCGGGAGCUGAGCCGCUGCCUGCGGGGGGGGGACACCGCUGGCCCCCCCGGAGAGGACCCCGACUCCGAUUUGUUCUACUCCAUGACGGGGUCGCUGGGGGGUGACAGCGUGGCCCCCCCCGAGGAGACCCCCCUGGGCAGCCCCCCCCUGAGCCCUGCGGGCAGCCCCUGGCGCCGGCCGCCCUCCCCCCACAGCUCUGCCCCCCCCGGGCGGGGCCCCCCAUGGCGGGGGGGCGCGCGGGUGCGGGUGACGCUGGGGACGGUGACGGUGACGCUGCCGGAGGAGGAGGAAGAGGAGGAGGAAGAGGAGGAGGAGGAGGAGGGGUCGCCCCCCCCCGGGUCCUACCAUCGCUUGUGGGCGGGGCUUACUGCUGGCCACGCCCACCCCACCUCGGGCCACGCCCUCCCCUUCCCACACCUCAGGCUGUCGGCAGGGGGGGCGCAGGCAGGGCUGGAGCUGGGGGGGCCGGGGGGGCCCCUGGGGCAGCUCUCGCUCGCCCGCAUGGAGCUGCUGGAGGAGCUGCCGGGGGCGGAGCCACACCGCCUGCAGAUGCUGCGGUUUCCCAUGGCGACGGCUGGCCCCGCCCCAGCCCAGCCCUGCCUCCGCCUGCGCUACGGCCCCCCCAGCCCCGCCCCCCCCGGGGACCCCCCCGUGCAGGCCCCCCCCCUGACCCGGGAGCUGUCCCUGGAGCUGAGCCCUUUGGAGAGCGACCUGGACCUGGGGCUGAUUGACAGGCUUGGCCCCGCCCUCACCUGCCUGAUUGGCCCCACCCCUGAGCAGGCCACACCCCCUGGCAAGGGGCUGCAGUGGGCGUGUCCCAGCGUGCGGUGGGCGGCACCGGGGGCGGUGCUACGGCUCCGGCUGCCCCGCGUGGAUCUGCGCCCCCCCCCGGCACGGGGACCCCCCCCAAACCUGCGCCCCGAAAGUUUCCGACUGGAACUGGGGGAGCCCCGCGGGAGGGCGGGGCCGAAGGGCGGGGUCUUGGUCUGCACCCACCUGCUGGUUGUUUACGAGUCCGAGGACAUGGGGAACGUCCCCUGCCUGCGCGUGGAGCCCGGCCCUGCCCCCGGUGGCACCUCCUGCCUGCCCACGCUGGAGGUGACGGUGCCCGACCCCCCCUCAGGGGUCCCCCCCGGGCCCCCCCCAACGCCUUUCUCUGCCCGACGUAACAUCUACGAGAGCCACGAGCUGGUGCUGCCGGGGACCCCCGAGGAACUGGAGUCGUUUGUGGGGGGGGCGCUGAGGGGGGCCCCCUGCACCCUGCGCCUGACGCUGCCCCGCGCCCACCUGCGCCUGCGCCCCCCCGAGCUCACCCAGCGCCUCUACAACAGAAUCAACAACGAUCUCCUGCUAUGGGAGCCUGCUGGCCACGCCCCCUCGGGAGGCCACGCCCCCUCGGGAGGCCACGCCCCCUCGGGAGGCCACGCCCCCUCGGGAGGCCCCGCCCCCUCGGGAGGCCCCGCCCCCUCGGGAGGCCCCGCCCCUUCACAGAGCCCCGCCCCCUCGGGAGGCCCCGCCCACACCAGAGGCUCCGCCCCUCCGGGCUCCGACACCUUCAAGCCCUGCAAGUCGGCUGUGGGGACGGACUCGGAGGAGGAGGAGGAGGAAGAGGAGGACGAAGGCCCCACGGUGACACCGGGGGACGCGGGGGACGCGCCCCCCCCAACCCAGAGCGGCGUCGCCGUCCUCGUCACCGUCCUGCGGGGCCGCGUCACCGCCCACUGUCACCCCACGGAGGGGGUUUCGGGGGGCUGCCUGGUGCUGGAGGUGGGGGAGGGGCGGCUCUGCAUCCUGCCCCGCCCGGGGGGCCGGGGGGGCCACGCCCACGCCUGCGCCGAGGCCCGGCACGUCGCCCUCUACCACGGGUCGGUGCCGGAGGAGGCGGGGGAGGGGCUGGAGGUGCCGGGGGAGGGGGGGCCGCCCCCCCCCCUGCUCCCCACCCUGCUGCCCUGGGAGGAGCCCGCGCCCCCCCCCGGGGUCCCCCUGCCCCCCCGAAUGCUGGGGCUCGCGCUGGGGAGCAGCCUGGACCCCCGGAGCAACGUCAGGGAGCUGGUGGUGACGGUGGCCCUGGAGGGGGUGACGCUGCGGCACCGCCCCGCCCCCCCCGGGCAGCGCUGGUACAGCCAGCUGCUGGCCCUGCUGGCGGUGGAGGACGAGCCGGUUUUGGGGUACACGGCACCCACCCCCCUCACCCAGCUGCACCUGCACCUCUGCCGCUGCGCCCUCGACUACAGACCCCCACCCCUCCCCCUGCGCGUCCUGGUCACCGCCGAGACCUUCAGCGUCACCAGCACCAUCGUCACCGACACCGCCGUCUUCCUGCUCAGACUCAUGGUGGACGACGGCGCCGUGUUCCUCAGCGAGCGCUGGCGCGAGGACGCGCUGGAGCUGCAGCGAGAUUACGUCUGCGUUCUGGACGUCGACUUCUUGGAGCUGGUGGUCACCACCUGGAAGGGCGACGGCGAGGGGCAGAGCCCGCCCUGCCCGCGGGAGGAGCUGCGGUUGGCGCCCGCCCGCCUGCGCGCCCGCACCUGCCCCGACAGCGCCGCCGCCAUCGCCCGGCUCCUGCGGCACCUGGGCGGCCCCACGGCCGGACCCACAGCCGGACCCACGGCGGGACCCACGGCGGGACCCACGGCGGGACCCACGGCCGGUCCUCCUUCAUCUCACGGGGACAGCCAGGUCUCCCCGGCCCCCCCCGGCCCCCCCACGGCCACCAUCAACCAGCAGGACCUGACGGACGCCCUCCGCGACGCCCCACGGCUGCCCCACGGCGCCCCACAACCCCCCGAUGAGGCCCCGCCGCCCCCCCCAGCCCCCCCUGUCUCUGUGUACCUGUUUCCCGGUGAGGGGGGGCCCCGGCCCCACAGCGGCCCCAUAGCGGCUCCUCCGGCCCCCCCUGAGCCCCCCCCAGCUCCGUUGGGGGGCAACGACAGCCCCGACCCUGACGGCUUCUGCAUCCUGGAUGCCCCCGGCACCCCCAGCCCCGGCGCCGUGGAAACCCCCCGGGUGCGUUGGUUGGUGCCGGGACCCCUGCGGGUGCAGGACGGGCACUUCGGCCCCCCCCGGGGGGAACGGGACCGGCUGCGCCCCCCCCCAGGGCUGCCCCCCCCCCCGCAGCCGCCUGCUGCUGCGCGACGUCUCCCUGCAGUGGCAGCUCUACGGGGGGCGGGACUUCGGGGCUGGCCCCGCCCACGCACGGUCUCGCCGCAGUGGCCACGCCCCCUCUGGCUCCGCCCAGUCCCGGUGGCGAAACCGGGGGGGCCCCGGACGGAGACCGGAGCUGCUGAUGGAGCUGCACCUCGGCAAGGGAUUACGUCAGCAGCUUCCUGGCACACAUGGGCCCCCCCGCGGCCCCCCCGCACCCCCCCGACGCCCCCCCAGGUGCCGGGGACCCCCCCGGGCUGGAGCCGCUGGCGGAUGAGGAGCCCGACACCGAGACCCCCCCCCGUCUACUUCCGGGAGUUCCGGUUCACGGCCGAGGUCCCCGUCUGGCUGGACUAUCGCGGGAAACGCGUCACCAUGGAGCAGGGCGCGCUGGCCGGGAUCCUGAUCGGGUUGGCCCGGCUGAACUGCUCCCAGCUGCGCCUGAAGAGGCUGUGCCACCGGCAGGGGCUCUUGGGGCUGGGGAAGGUCGUGACCUUCGCGGUGACCGAGUGGCUUCGGGACAUUCGGUGCCACCAGCUGCCCGGGCUGCUGGGGGGGGUGGCCCCCGUGCACGCUGUGCUGCGCCUCUGGCGGGCGCUGCGGGACCUGCUGGCGCUGCCGCUGCCGGGGGGCCGCCCCGGGGGGGUGACGCGGGGGGUGACGCGGGGGGUCACCGCGCUGGGCGCCGCCUCCGCCUCCGCCGCCAUCGGCCUCGGCACCCGCCUGCUGCGCGCCCUCCAGGCGCUGGCAGAGGCUCUGUACGAGCUGCUGGCCCCCCCCAGCCCCCCCCGGCCCCUGGGGGCCCCCCCAGAGCCUCCAGGAGACCCCCACCAGCCCCCCCCCGGCGACAGCACGCGGAGGAGCCCCGCCCCCCACGAAGGACACGAGGGGCCCCGCCCCCCCCCGCGGCCCCGCCCCCAAUAAAGCCGUGGAACUGGGAGCACUGGGAUGGACUGGUUG